AUGGUUCUUACAGCACACUUUGUAGAUUCUAGUUGGAGAUUGCAAAAGCGUGUUAUUAGCUUUGUUCACAUACUUCCUCCUCGUCACGGUGUUGAGAUUGUUGAUUGUAUUUUUAAGUGUCUAAAGGAAUGGGGAAUUGAAAACAAGGUGUUUACACUUUCUGUGGACAAUGCUUCAAACAAUGAUGUGGCGAUUAGAAUUCUUAAAGACACUUUUUCAAGAAAUAGGAUGUUGCUUUGUGGAGGAAAAUUAUUUCAUGUUCGGUGUUGUGCACAUAUCUUAAAUCUCAUGGUUCAAGAUGGCUUUUCUGAGAUUAGGAAUGUGAUUGGUGAUGUUCAUGAAAGUGUCAAUUUUAUUAAUCAAAAUAAAAGACUUAACUCAUUUUUUGAUAUAGUACAGCAGUUACAGUUACCUGAUAGGAAACUCAUUCUCGAUUGUAAAACACGUUGGAAUUCGACAUUCGAGAUGUUGUCGAUUGCAAUCAAAUUCAAAGAAGUGUUUUCAAGACUCAAAGAGCGAGAAUCUCAUUAUGAAUGUUGUCCAAGUCAUGAAGAUUGGGAAAAUGUGAAGAAAGUUUGUGAGAUUUUAGAAGUUUUUAAUUCAGCCACUAAAAUCAUCUCUGGAAGUGAUUAUCCAACUUCAAACCUGUUUCUGAAUGAAGUUUAUCGUGUGAAAGUGUUGUUGGAUAAAAGGAUGAAUGAUGAAAAUGAAUUUGUUCAAGCAAUGGUUCGUAAGAUGAAGAGUAAAUUUGAUAAGUAUUGGGGAGAAUGUAAUUUGUUGAUGUCUAUAGCAGCAAUCUUGGAUCCAAGGUGCAAAAUGAGGGUGAUUGAGUUUUUUUUUCCUCGAAUGUACCCUGAUAGAGAAGCAAAAGAAAAUAUUGCUAAAGUUCGAGAUGCCCUUUAUGAGAUUUAUGAUGAAUAUGCUCGUGAGUAUCAAUUUGGCAAUGAGCAUAGUGCUGAAACUCAAGUGCAUGAUAAUGGUAUUAGUGGUAUGAAUAUAGAAGCUUCUUCUUCUUAUUCCACUAAGUUUCAUGCUUUGGAAUGGUGGAAAGCGAGCACUUUGAAGUAUCGUAUUUUAUCCAAGAUGGCUCGGGAUAUACUUGCUAUUCCUAUCACUACAGUGGCUUCAGAAGCUACUUUUAGUGCAGGAGAUAGAGUUAUUGAUACUUAUCGUGCUUUUUUAUCUCCUGACACAGUGCAAGCAUUACUUUGUGGAGGAGAUUGGUGUCGGAAUCUUCAUGGAGUGAAGAAGAAGAACAAAAAAGAAAAGAAAUCAAUUGAGAUUGCACUCAAAAUCCCCUAA